CUUGUCAUAAAGAAAGAAGCACAUAAAGAAAACGAGUCAGAUCCUACAUUUGAGGCUGAGAUAUAAUCAAUUUUUUAGUUUACUAAAAAAGCGAAAGAAAAUACGUUCUAGUCUGCUGUCCGGCAUUCUACGGAAUGCCUGCAUUUCCAUUGACUGCCAGCAACGAAAAUUCUCCUAUCUCUGGAAAUCCCCAACACUCUAAUCCUAAUCAAUCCUAGGAGGAUGAAGCACUACAAAUAAAAGGUCUUUUCAUUCUUUAAGCCACAUCUAAACGGCGUAGCACCAACUGAGCCACACAUUCACAUAUGUAUGUGCAUAUAAGCACACUAAUACAUUCUGUAAAUCAAUUGUAAAUCAAAUUCAGUUUGAUUUUUGUUGAUGAAUCAUCCGUAAAAGUCUUCCCUGAAAUUUGGCAGCUCUAAAAACUUGAAAAAGGAACCUAUAAAAAAAGCAUUAUCGUUUCAGUUUAAUUCCUAGCCAAAAGCGAGCAGCUGCUGAAACAAAUUUUAACAAAAAGAGAAGAGAGAUAAUACAUAAAAUGAAUGACCAGCAAAACGAUGAAUUUGAGCGCGCUCUGGCGGUGCUCACAAGCCAGGUCGACUUGUCGAUGGUUCCGCCACGGAGUGAGCCCAAGGUCCAGCCGGUGAAUGGGAUCGUGCAGCCGGCGGUGAUGCCGCCCCCCCAUCGCAAGGGGAGGAACACCAAUCUGCUGUUGAAGCUAAGGACCGCGGUGAACGUGAUGUUGCGCGACAAGUCCUCCAUCCACUUUCGACAUCCCGUGAACGCCGUGAGGCAAGGCAUAUAUGACUACCACGAAAAGAUCCAUAGGCCCAUGGAUCUGAAUACCAUCAAGAAGCGACUGGAGUACUCGUACUACUGGUGGGGGGUGGAUCUUCUAGAAGACAUCAGAUUAAUUUUCGAGAACUGCAAGACCUACAACAGUCCGGAUUCGCCCGUCUUCCGGGACGCCGUCACCCUGUGCGAGCUAUUCUGGUUUCGCAUGGAGAAGCUGCAACUGGAAUUGCAUACCGAGAUAAAGGUGGAACCCAAGCCGAAGCGCCAGCCAAGGGCUGCCUGUCCAAAGCCCCCAAGUGCAAAGGUCCAGGUCCAGAGCGUGACUAGGGUGGAACCGCAGCCCGAGGAGCCGCAAAGGGCUGCCAGUGCAAGGCCUCCAUUGGAGUCAAUUCCAUGUCCGGUGCGGCCAGUCCAGGCCAAUCGGUCAGGUCCGAGUCGGCCAUCGCGGGCACAGAUCAGGUCCGUCCCAGCUUCCAAUCGUGGCCGUGGUCGCCCUCUGAUUACGCGAGGCCUGGUUCACGACAAGCCUGCGAGAUAUUUUGCUAAGCCGGAAGCUGUGGCCGUUCUUCCAAACCCACAAACCGUUAAAAAUUACGGAAUCCCAAUGAAAGCUGAACCAAUUGCCGAAAUCCCAAAGCAACAGGGAUUGGGGGUUGACCUGACUCCUUUAGAUCACGAGAUCGAGCGCCGCCACAGCCAGAGCUUGCUCCGGUUUCUCCGUGCGAAGCGGGACUCUUGGCCAUUCAACAACUCGCAGUAUUGGGCGAAGUUUGGAGAAGAUCCAGACUAUGACCACGACGAAGAGCGCCUUGAUUGGGGCAUUUUGGAGACGCUGGUGUCGGGGAAGCAGUUCGAGGGCUUCGACUGGUUCCUGAGCAAGAUUCACCGGAUGCUGGAGAACGCAAUGUCUUGCUUUGUCUUCAACCCGUCGGUCCGCACAUCGACCCAAAGGAUCCACGCAACUGUCGACAAAGUGAUACCCCAAUAUAUGGAACGGAUCGCAGGCGCAAAAAAGAGGGCUCAUGAGGGGGUGCGUGCGAAACUUGAAACCAUGACCCCCUCUCAAAAAGCUGACCUCUUCAAAUAAUAACCAAAUUAUGCUUUGAUUGUUUAUCACGUUAACAAAUAUUCAAGUGCAGAAAAACAAUCCACAAAACUGACAGACAUUUAAAUAACGUUUAGAAAGCGCCCUCUCGGGUGUUUGUUCUGAACUACAGCGUGUCAACCUAUCGGUAGCUAGCCAUUCUUUCAGUCGUACAAAUUUCAUGAAAUCCAUUCACUUUACAGCGUUAAAUUGUACGCUGAAUUCAUCGGCGAAUAUAUUAUUCUAUAACUCAUAA